GCUGAAGGCAGCUUCUCCCACAGCCUCUGUCUCGAGCGGGUCUGUUCUCGAUGCAUAUUCCCUCACAUAUCUGAACCAAUUUAUAGCAUGCGAACAACAUGACCCACCUUGCCAAGUUGAGCGCGUUGACCGAUGAGCUCGUCGAACUCAUCACAGCAACCUCGAGUAAGGUUGACCGAGACCGGUUUAACCUCUACCGAGAGUCCUCUAUUCGUAGCUUGAGGCAUCACAAUUUUCUCCGCACCAACCAAUUCGACGUCGAGGAGAGACUCGACGGACUCGAGGAGAGGUUCAGGAUCCAACACCGUGAAGGUCUCGCCGAUGCUCUCGGUCAGAGACUCUCCUCCUUGGCCCUAGUCCCUUCAAAAUGGCACCCCGAAAUCCUCCAUUUCCUCCUGGAGGUAGCCGACCAGCCUGCGCAGAAGUCAGCCCUCGCAGCGUUAGACCUACUGAAAGAACCCGAUGUUGACCCCGGCCCCCGUUUGACAUGGGAGGAUAUUGCCAAAGAGGACGGUUGGCAUGGGGAUCCCGAUCUGUGGAGGAACGUUGACUACUUGGACAGUUCCGACGAUGGUCUUGAUGACGCCAAGUCCGCUACGUCUCGGGAGUCCGAGGACACUUCACUUUCUGCACUGGACACCUCGCAUGAUCGAAAACCCGAGGACCUUCAGGUAGCCACGGAAAAUCAUGCUGCUCUCAAGGCUGUCCGCGAAAGCCAGUCAUGGCGCCUUCCAAGGGCCGAGCAGGGAGGGACGGUGCCUUCGCGCAAAGUUCCCGUAACUGAAUUCCAGGUGAUACGCGAAGUGCUCUUUAUGCUCCAGGGCCACCCGACGUCCCUCUUUUUGGAGAACAGACUCCCAGAUACGAAGUACCAGAUGGCCAAUGUCGCCUGGGAAACUCACCGGGCAUUGUCCAACUGGUUCGCCGAAGCCGGACGUCAACUGUCCGUCCUUCGGUCAUUCGAAAGCAAGCAACAAACCUCGCCGCUUCUGCAGAGAUUCCGCAGCAACGUCUCUACUAGUCUGCAAUCUCUUGACAAGCACAUAUCGACCAUUCAAUGUCGCCUGGUCGAUGCGCAAGAAGACACGGUUGUCAGCUUGAUUGCGAUUCAACAAGAGCUCAAGCCCCUGCUAGAUCCGCUAUAUUCUUUAUCCAAUGUUGUGCGGGAGCAACAGGAAUAUCCCAAUAUUGGCGCAUUUCGCUAUCUGGAGCUCCUGUACCAUCAGAUUGGCGCUGCCCAGGCGUCCGACUGCACAGAAGGGUAUCAGCUUCUCGGCCGCAUAUUCUUCGACUGUUUUCAGGUCUAUCUGCGGCCCAUCCGGCACUGGAUGGAGGAGGGAGAACUUAUACCGGGAGACAAGAUCUUCUUCGUCUCAGAGUCAUCCGCCCAGCUCCUUCGCAAUCAGAUAUGGCGUGACCAAUUCAAGCUGAGACGAACAUCAAGCGGGCAGCUGCACGUACCCAAUUUCCUUCAGCCAAGUGCUGCGAAGAUCUUCACUGCCGGGAAGAGUAUUGUAGUCCUCAAGCACCUCGGAUGGUUCGAGCGCAGCCGGAAGCAGUGGACACACCCCGAGCCUCACUUGACUUUCGACGCCGUUUGCUCGGCCGAGCUGGGGCUUGCCCCAUUCUCCGAGCUGUUCGGCUCCGCUUUUCAUUCGUGGGUCCAAAGCAAGCAGCAUGCAACCUCGGAGGCCCUCAAGCAGGUUCUCAUGGAAUCUUGUCGCCUGCAGGCAAAUGCGGAUGCCUUGGAACGACUCUACUUCAUGUCCGACGGCGCGGUGGCGGACACGUACUGCCAGAACCUGUUUGCCAGAAUCGAUUUGCUCAGAACCGACUGGCGUGACCGCUAUUUCCUCGCAGGACUAGCCCAGGAAUCCUUUUCACCCUGCCUAGAUGCACACCUGGUGACUUCGGCCAUGACUCCGAACGCACAACGCAUCGACCCUGUCCAGGCCCGAGACUCCGUCCGGGCACUUCUGCCAAUGAUUGGUAUCUCCUACCGCCUCUCGUGGCCUGUGCAAAUCGUUCUUACCGACGAAACCCUGGCUCGGUACCAGGCAGUGUUCACGUUCCUGUUGCAGAUCCGCCGAGCAACCUCUGUUCUCAAAAGACCCCGUCUGCUCGACAAGCACACCUACGACACGGACAAUGGGGCUGAGAAUGUCGACUAUUAUGAUCUGCGUUUCAGGUUCUUGUGGUUCUGUAAUUGCCUGCAGACCUAUCUGGCAACGCUGGUUCUAGCGCCCAGCAUGGAAAAACUGCGUCGGCAGUUUCAGGAAGCUCACGACGUGGACACCAUGAUCGCCGUCCAUUCUGACCUUACCAAACAAGUGACUGACGCGGCCUGCUUAGGCAGCAAACUAGAUCCAAUUCGAGACGCGAUUCUUGAUGUUUUGGACCUAGCAAUCAGAUUGGCACAGGAAGAGGCCCGGAAGGACGCCCAGAACGCGCGGGAGAAGCGAGAGUUUUCACGAAUGUCAGUUAUGGUGGCGUCUCCACUCAGAGGAUCUCCCAAAACCAAGGGUCCCGGAUCAUCUUGGCGGUCUCAAGAUGGUGAUGGGGACGACGACCACGACCACGACGAUGAUGGAUUCGCCAGCCCCGCGGCAGGGUCUUCCUUCCGAGAGAAGAGCUAUAUUCAUUCGCUGAGGGAGAUAUCCGCCGACUAUAACCGGCACCUGCGGUUUAUUUGUGGCGGUCUGAGAGGGGCUGCACGAGCUUCAGGGAAGGACGCAGCAGUUAAAUGGGACAUGUUGGCCGAGAUGCUAGAGGCAGGGAUACCGCUCAUCCGGGGAUCUACAUGGAUUUUCCCUGAUUUCCCAACGCAAAAGGGGCCAUACAUACGGAGUCUCAACCCCUGCACCUCCCAGCGGGAUCGGGGCAAUCCCCGGCGAGUGGAACUUUACGAUCGGACACCCAUAACCUCGACUCCGAAGCAGGGUCUGCAUGCUGCAGGAUGUGGCCUUGAGUGGGGCACCGUGAUCCGACUGGACAAGAACAAGGACAAGGGGCGUGUGAGUGCCAACUACCACCAUAAGUUCACCCAGUUGGAGGCACACGGCACAGAACGUUGGCGAAACGGAGGUUCCAUAUUGGGAGAUGUCUCGCCACGAAACGGUCCCAUGAAUUAUGUCAGCACCAUAUCGCCUUCCGUCCAGAAGGAGCUGACAUAA